AUGGCGUCCAGCGACGAGGCCCAGGUCGGCGAUAUUGUGAACGUACCCGGCGGUAUGUACGGCACCGUGAAAUUCGUUGGCGUUGUGGCAGGGAAACCCGGGCGGUUUGCCGGCGUCGAGUUGGCACCAGAACACGCUGGCAGGGGCAAGAAUAACGGCGAUGUGGAAGGGCGACAUUACUUCAAUACCUCCGUUCCCGGCUCUGGUAUUUUUGUCCCUAUGAAUGGGAAGUACGUUACAAAGCGGCUGUCUGGAACACCACAGACGCCCGCGAGGCCGGUGACCAAUUUCAGCCGAUCUGUUGGCCCUGGAGUAGCCAACCCUACAGCGUCGUUGAACAGGCCGAAGUUCAGAAGGCCUUCUCUACCCCGUCCAGAAUCGCCCAGAGCCCCCGUCGCGACAUCUCCGCCCAAACUGAGCCUCGGGGGCUUGCGAACCCCGUCAGGAUUUUCCAAGCUCACUCCCGGAAACGGAGGACCGCGCACGCCCCAUAGGGCUAUGCGGCCCUCCAGCCGGCCUCCAUCGAGAAUCAGCGUUGAGAGCAAUACUCCAUCCGUGGUAAAACGAGGCGAGCUUGUGCGGACGCCAGCAUUUGAUGACCAAGAGCUAAUGGAAAGAGUCAAGUACUUGGAACAUCAGUUACAGGAGCGUGAUAGGCAACUAGAGGACCAAGCUACGACCCUGGCUGAAUUUCAAAAAAGUAUCACGGAGUUGGAAGGCUUGGAUGCGCUGCAAGUCCGAGCGCAGCUCCGUGAGAAGAACGAUAGGAUUGCCGCUCUUACCGCAGAAUUUGACAGCCAUAGAGCAGAUUUCCGAAGUACGCUAGAUACCCUUGAGGUCGCCGCUUCAGAAACUGAAAGAGUAUAUGAGAAGCGGAUCGAGGAAUUGAUGCAAGCAAACCGUGAGCUGCAGUCUCGUGGCGAGGAUGUCGAGACAGUAGCGAGACAGCUCAAGCAACUCGAAGAACUUGUCUCUGAACUGGAAGAAGGCCUGGAAGACGCUCGCAGAGGUGAAGCGGAAGCCCGAGGCGAGGUGGAGUUCCUCCGAGGCGAGGUGGAAAGGACAAGGCUUGAAUUGAAGCAGGAAAAAGAGAAAUCGGCAGCGGUGUUCAAGGACGCGGGUGGCUCUCCAGAUGGCGUGCAUCGCCCGCUUUCAAGGGAGAUUGACCAAAAGGACGACGAGAUACGAGGUCUUAAAGCCAUAAUACAUUCGCUGAGCCGUGGCGAGCCCACCCACCAUGCACUGCACCAGCAGAAUAGAAUGUCUCAAGGCAGUAACAAAACGACAGACCACGAUGACGGCCUUACCUCUCAGCUCGAAACUCGCAUCCAGGAGCUUGAAACACAUUCCGAGCGCAAAUCAUACAGAAUCGAAGAACUAGAGCGCGAGCUGGAGAGGCAACGUGCCAACGGUCACCAAACCAGUCGCAAUCGAAGUGGCACCAUCACAACAAAUCCUCUCAAAAUCCAAAAGAAUCAAAAAUCCGGAGGGAAUGCUGUCGCGACAAGUGUGCCUAACCAUUCGCAUACCCUGUCUGACCGCACUGUGGUCCCCAACGACUGGCGCGACUCUCCCACGACCAGUAACAGCCCCUAUUUCUCUCCAAUUCAUGCGAAUGACCCUCACCGGCUGCCGACCAUGCAAGAAUCCGACAAUCACUCCUCCAGUACAGAUGAAGAGAGCGCUGGCUGGUGCGAGAUUUGUGAGACCAGCGGGCAUGAUAUCCUCACCUGCACCAGCAUGUUUAGUUCAGGAAAUGCCGGCACGAAGAGUGAGGAGGCUGCGAAUGAUCAGCCCAGCCAAUCUGCGGAUGAUCAUCCCAUAAGCAGCGACGAUGCCACCCCAGGCUCAAGCCACAAGAACUCUGGGAGCCCGAGUUCACAGCGAACUGGGAGAGAUGUUGUUCUCGAAGGGCUGAAGGGCAUAGGAGGGUUACCGCCAUCGUCGAUGACUCCAAUUGCAGGGAAAGCUUCCGGAGUCAUUGACGAGACCAAAUGGUGCGCGCUGUGCGGCUGGACGACUUCGCCUUCCUCAUAUUUCACACUUCGCACAGCUCCACAGGCUUUGCAUUUUUGCUUCUCAGCAUCAGCGGCAAACUCCUCGACCACGGCCUUGACCUGGGUACCUAGAUCCGUGCAGCGGAAGCGCUUCUCCCAGACAAUCUCCCCGCAGCCUUUACAGUACCACCGCAUGCAGUCUGUUGCGUCUUCCGGCCUGGGCAUCUCCAGCACUAUGCCCACUGUAUCUGCAAAUCGAACCGGGCAAUGGGGACUCUAUAUAUCACCAUCUCCCUCGCCCGGAGACAAUCCCGAGUCGGUUGUCGAGUGUCGGGAUGCCCUCCAGUUGACUGGUUAUCUUAUCAAUCACGCCAAGGACAAGCCGCAAAAACUACUUCUCGUCCUUCGCUUGCCGUCAACUUUUCCACCAACGGCCCAUAGCUUCACGCGGACGAGGCAACGGGAGCUCGACAAAGCAAUGGCAACGUCUCAGCCGCCUGUUCGUUUUACGACGCACAAACACCUUGCCCAUCGCCUUGUCCUGUCCACCCUGACUGGCCGCGCCGUGCACAUCUCGCAGAUCCGAUCCUCGUCGCCCACGAACCCCGGCCUAGCACCUUAUGAGAUCUCUUUUCUACGUCUUUUGGAAGCAGUCACCAAUGGCUCGCACAUGGAGAUAUCAUAUACGGGGUCGAUCUUGGUGUAUAAGCCUGGGCUGAUCACCGGAAGCGCACCAGGCAGCGCUCCUUUCAACAUUCUCUUUACCGGACCCGGUGUCAUCACAUCAUCAACUCCCACCGGCGACAUGUCAGUUGACAGCGUGAGGACCGCGAUCCUCCCUUUGUAUUCUCAAUUUGGCAUUUUCAACAAUAUCGAACUACGUGUCCUGCGAAGAUCCAAUCCCGAUCGUAACGGCAGAGGUGGCGGAGGGGAAGUGCAGCUGGUUUUUGGACAUCAAGUUCGUCUUCCGAAAACUCUACACCUACUGAAUCCCGGAAGGAUAAAGAACAUUCGCGGCGUCGCGUAUUCAACUGGAGUGUCGGGGUCGAACAAUGCGAGAAUGAUUGAGGUUGCCAGAGGUAUCCUGAAUCCACUAGUUUCCGACGUCUAUGUUUUCUCAGACGUAUCGUCCGCUGCACUCGUUCCUACUGCCGACAAAAACAAUCCCAACGCCAAAAGAAAGAUUGGGAUAGGGUUUGGUCUAUCCUUGGUGGCUCAAUCGUCGACCGGAUGCCUAUACUCUGCCGAUGUGGCCUCUCCUCCCUCAGGUGGCCAGCCUCCUGAAGACAUUGGGAAACAAUGCGCCUACCAGUUGCUAGAAACUAUCUCCAACGGAGGGUGUGUCUCUCUGGCUGGGGCUCCUACUGUCUUGACCCUUAUGGCCAUGGGAUCGGAGGAUGUUGGGCGACUUCAAGUCGGCCGAGAUAUCAUUUCCCACGAAUCCACUGUCCAGCUCGCACGGGAUCUUAGCAAAUUUGGUACUGCUGGAUGGGGCGUCAGGGAUGCAUCUGACGAAGGAGAUUCGGGAGACGUCGUUAUCAGCGUGGUUGGCCGGGGAAUUGGGAACUCAAGCUCCGUCACAACUCAGCAAACAAACCCUCAAGAUGGGGAUUCACAUAUCUCCUUCGCUUUUCCACGCCAACCGCUCGAUUGUCUAAAAAGGAACAAUGGAGGAAUAAACGGAUCCAAGCGUCGUCUACGGCAGCGUCAGGGUAGCACCCGACAUUCUGUUGGUCAAUGUACCAACAUUUUCGUUGCUCAGCAUCUCCAUGCUGCUGGCAUUGAAAUAACUUGCAUAUGUAUCCAAAAUGCGGGUCAAGCCGUUUCGCAUACGCCAUCUCUCGAGGCUGAGGCACAUUUACCAAUCGAAGCGCAUAUUUCAAGUAUGGCAUUUCAAAAUCAAUAG